AUGAUUUUCUUAGUCUCUUUGUCACGGCUGACAGAUUUUGUGUUAAUAUCUCAGUUACCAAGUGAAGCCAGCAGCAGUCAACAGCAAGUCCCCACUGCAUUCAAGAACUUCUCAAUGUCGCAAAAGGAUAAAACUCUCGAUGAACUUGUGAAGGACAAAUGGCUGUGCCGCACAGGAGAAGGCAACAUCGGAAUUGGUAUAAGAUCUCUUCUCGACCUGCGCAGUUGGUUCAGGAACAAUGAUGUUCCUUCUUGUGAGGUCUGCAAUGAAGCUGGAGUAAAGGCGGAUUUGUGUCCAAGCGAAGGUUGCACUGUCCGGAUUCACAAGUACUGCCUCAAAAACUUGUUAUCUCAAAGGGAUGAUAAAGUUUGCUCUGGCUGCGGUAAGCCGUGGCCUUUGAGUAGAAUAACAAAAGAAGAAGCUGUUGAAGCCGCAGCGAAUGAUGAGGAGGAGGAAGACGAGACACAAGCCACAGCUCCAAGGUCUAAGAGAAGAAAAGUUAGGAGCCAGAGAGAUUCAGCUGAAAAUGGUUCUUCCCAAGCUUCUUUAGCAUCAACUAGUGGUACCACUGGGAGAAGAGUGACUCGUAGCGUUGCAAACUUGAGGUAA